AUGCCAGAAAACCUAUUUAAACAUAUCUUGUCACCGGCUUUAUGCUCUGGCAUGCUUGGAUCUUUCCAUGUAAUCCACCUUCAAUCACAGCGUGCAUCUUACAUCUGCCAUCUCUCAACAAACCAGUGGACUGGCCCCAUUUUCCUUCCAUUCAGUGUUGUUUGCUGGAACCCACAACAAUUCACGAACGCUUGUGUUGUGGCAUCUUCAGAGAGG